AUGGUUUUUCUAUUUUUGAUGUUUUUUAUAUUUGUAUCGUGGAUCGCUUUGUCCCGACGAAUGUUUCCCAAAUGUAUUAAUAAAUACUUUGAGGUUUAUGCUGAAAAUUAUUUUGAAGAGCCAGACGAUUGCAUUAAUUAUUCUUUAUUUUAUUUUGAAAUUAAAGUUAAAAUAGAAGGAGAGAAGUUUAGCUGGAUAAGUAUUGAUCUUAGAAAUGAUAAUAAGGAGGCGAUUAGUUUACGUCCAUUGUUUGGAGUAAUUGAGAAUGAAAAACGUGAAUUAUUUAAACUUGAUGAUUUUUCUUGGAAUGAUGAAGAUAUUUUUGGGUGCGGAUUAGUUUAUCCUCCAACUGAAAAGAAUAAAAAGCUGCCUUAUAUGUUCUAUACUAAAAAUGGGGAACAAAUUGGUUUGAAAAAUUGA